AUGUCAGAUCUGCCAAUAAACACAAAUGCUUUCGUUGUUCUUUCUCUUAAGCCUCGGAAUGGGUGCAAAGUAUGGAAAGAUUACCGUUUUCAAGCUGAUGUAUUCUAUAUGUACCACAUCAUGAAGACCCACGGCUUUGAUGAUGAUCAUAUUUCAUUAUGGGCUUUUAAUGACAUGGUUAAUAAUUCAUUAAAUCCAUACAAAGGUCAGAUGUUUCAUCUUUUAGAUAACAAGAACAUAUAUCCAGGCGAUGACAAGCUUGAUUUCCAAGGACCAGCUGUUAACAGACUCGAUUUCUUACAAUACUUAAGAAAUCUAAAUACAACAAAAGAUGAUAAUAUCUUCUUUUACUUCAAUGAUCAUGGAAGUCCAAAUAUAUUAUAUCUCCCUUACGGUCAGUUUUUGACAUCCUAUGAAGUCUUAAGAGUUAUUAAACAAAUGCAGAAAGAUGGCAAAUUUAAUAAGAUGUUCUUUGCAAUUGAAGCUUGCUUUUCAGGUUGCUUCAAAGAAUCAUAUAACAACAUUCCAAAUGUUGCCAUCAUGACGGCCGCCAAUUGCUCUACAACGAGUAAAUCUUAUCUCAAUCGUUUACUCGGAACAUCAUUAUCUAAUGAAUUUUCAAUCAAUUUAAUGAUGGAGAUAGAAGGCAAUCCAAAGCAUACUCUUCGAUCCUUGCAUGAGAUUGUUCGUGAGAAAGUUCAUAACUCAACUCCAUUACUCUUUGGCCAAAACUUGGAUGAUCCAUUAUCAGAUUAUAUUGGUGAAGGACCAAAGAGCAGUUUAAGAAGACAAUCAUAUGAAGAUCUUUCUCUUGAUGAUAAGAUUCUUCAUCCUGAGAAAUAUACAAAGAAAGAAAUAGCCGAAAAAUACCAGAAACAAUUAAAGCAUAUGAAACAAGUUGCUGAAGAUAAUGAAAUCUUCAUCAGAAGAGUUGUUGAAAAAGUUGCUGGUCCUCGCGCCUCAGAAUUCAUGAAUAAAGUUAUCACAGGCGAUGUUCAACAAUGCUUUGAGCCUGUGAUUGAAGCUUUGUUCGCAAAGAUGAAAGAAUUCAAUCCAGAUUAUGUAUAUUUAAUUUCACCAAUCAAAACUCUCUGCACGAAGUAUAGUUCUUCAGUUAUCAUUGAUGCGAUCAAUUCAGUAUGA